AUGUCUAAGCUUUUCAUCGGCGGCCUCGCAUGGCACACCACUGAUGACGCCCUUCGUCAGGGUUUCGAGCCGUACGGCGUGGUUGAAGAAGCUAUCGUUGUCAAGGAUCGUGACACCAACCGCAGCCGUGGUUUCGGUUUCGUCCGUUUCAGCAGCGACACCGAGGCUGAUGCUGCCAUGGACGCUAUGAACAACCAGGAGUUCGAUGGGCGCACCAUCCGUGUUGACAAGGCCUCCGAGCGCCCUGCCCGUAACAACGGUGGCUUCCACGGCCGUGGUGGCUACAACCAGUCCGAGGGUGCUCCCGGAAACGGUGGCCAACGUUAUGGAGGUGGCCGUGGUUACGGCGGUGAGUAG